AUGCCACAUUUAGAUACUGCCCAAGAAUGGCUCACACAAUCUUCGCUGUUGUUGAAAGCACAUCCUAGUACCGUACCCACCAAACCACGCCUACCCAAACCGACCUCCACCCCCCAACCCUCCACCUCCGCAAAACCAGAAUCUCAACCCCGCGGUACCCUCACCCUCACAACCUUCAACCCCCACUCCGGCGUAAACCUCAAAUACACCACCAACAAAGCUGCAGAAGUAUCGCGCCUCAUACAAAUUAUGGGACGACUCGGAAAGCUCAUGUGCGGAUUACCCGAGACGGAGGAGAAAGAGGGGUUGGGGGAGAUUAAUAUGGCUGAGGCGCCGGCAGAGGAGGAAGUGGAUGAGAAGAAGGAUGCUGGAAAGGGUCAAGCGCAAACACAGACGCAACCACAAGGUGGAAAGGGAAAGAAGAAGAAGGGGAAGAAAUGA